CUCCGAACGUAACAGGAACUUCUCUCCCGUAGUCUGACCAUCGACUCUUCGUUAGUGAUACCACUCUUCUCUCGUCCCCACAUCGCACAUAUGAAGUUAUCGUAGCAUAUGAUCUUUCUCAUCUGAGCCUGUCUGUGUGAGUUUGAGAUUUUUGUCCUAAGAUUUACUCGCAAUUAACUGACUACUGUCCCUUCUCAGAAGUUCCAGAUUUGAUUCAGAGAUGACAAUCAUAUGUAUCAUCCUCUAGAGCUCGUUUGUUGCAAUGGAACUCGAAAGAGAAAAGGAUCGACUUCAAGAUCUAUUGGACUCCUUACCUGUUGAAUUACUGAUUAAGGUUCUCAGAGAUCAGGAUCUGCCAAUUUUCACUCUUGCGGAAUGUCGUGUAGUUUGUAAGAAAUGGAAGGCAAUCAUAGAUGGUCCGGAGUUACAGAACAAAAUCUGGAAUAAAUCUGUUAUUUUGUAUUAUGAUGCAUGUAUUGACAAUACGGCGUACUUCUGCUUCCGUGAUGGAUGGAUCAAAAGAAAUAUUACAUUUGGGCCCAAGCAGGUGGUGGCUGCUCAUGGAGGCCUACUGUGUUUCAAUGACCUGUUGUCCACCGAAUAUGUCAUGUAUAACCCAGUUGAGGACAAAUUCCUGAAUUUGAACGUACCUCAUGAAAUCGAUGGAGUGUCUACAGUCUUCGAUGGUAUGCUUGAGUGCAUCGUGGUGGGUUUAGUUGUGGACCAAUCAACAAAACACUUCAAGCUGGUUUUGGGAGGAGUUCUAAUACCAGAUAGACACAGAUCUUUGAUCUACGAUACGACUACCAGUACAUGGUCGUGGCUUAUUCAUCCCUUUCCUACAUUGCUGAACUCGAUGGAAGUAGAGUGGCAUAGUGGGAGAUGUGUAGUAUGUAAUGGAUGUCUGUAUUGGCUCGUAUGGGAUAACAGGGUCACGAUGAAGGCUCUUUUGAUAUAUGAUCUGAGAGAAGAAACAUGGAAUGUUUUGUCAGAGGAAGUCAUGGAGGACAAGCCAGGUGCCCUUCAGAUUGUUGCGUAUGAAGGAUGUGUGUGCUUACUCGCCAUGGACUGGACUGAUGUGGAGUUUGAUCAUAGGAGCUAUGACGGCAACUUCCUCCGCCAUCCAAUGGUCCGGAGAAUGGAUGGAUCUCUGAUCAGGAGAACAAGAGAUCUAUGGGUUAUGAAGGAUGGCAGAGCUUUCAAAAUUUAUGCUUCGGGAGGCAGUGAUGUGUUCUUCGUUUUCGAGGAAGAAGGUGAAGACCUUGAGGUGGCGAAAUACUGGGCUGAAAUAGACAUGAUGUUAUUUUUACCCGACCCUCCAUUUCGCGGAGCACAUGAGUUUUCUUUAUGGGGAUUUCUGCCGCAUGUCAUCCAUGACCCUUGGUGUGCAAUAAUUCCAGCGCCCGGAGUAAAUGCAGAGCAGGAGUGGAAAACACAGCACCAGAGAGAUCUGUAAUAGGAGGUGGGGAACUCUCCCAGAGAAGAGGUCGUAGUGGAAGUCCGAAGAGAACUUAUAGGAGUUUCAAAACAGAUCAGUUCACCGAAAUAUAGGUCUUUGGACUGCACGGAUUUUAACAACUAGAUGUGUGCAGGCAUGAUGAUGUCGAAGUAGUUUAGAAGGAUGGAAUAAAAAAAAUCAGAUCCCCUUCCGAUGAGCCAAACGUGUUUUUCUCCCUUCGGUUCCUAACCAUGCAUAAAAAUAUCCUUCAAGUACAUGAAGUCCUGAUUAAUCUAGGAUGUUCAAGGAUAUGAAUUGAAUUGCAUUUCUGGAGUAUUCAUAACUCUCCAGUAUACUGUAGGCUGAACUGAUAGGGCGAUCAAUGUCAUUUACGAUGAUAGCAAUUGAGAAUAGCGAUCUCUGUAGAUUGAACUAUUUAAACUGUUCUCUUCAGGGACCGCGACGGGGGUGCUGAUCCAAACUCACCAAGUCAGUGUCAGAUUCAUUGACAACAACUAUGGCACUGGCUGACAUAUUCUCAAGAGCCAAGUUUGUUCAAACCGUCGAGGACGCUGGAAGCUUAGAUCUUCAUUGCUCUAGUUAUGAGUUUAUACAUCGGCCAGAAAUUACGCACUUCAACUUCCGUCGGGUAGAGGACUAUGAACGUCUUCAAGAACAAUAAGAUAAAAGCAUGUUCCUGCUUGUCACAAUGUUAUUGAUACAUAUGUGUAAUUACCAAACUAUUGCAAUACUAUGUGAUUUUUUU